UAGAUGGGAUGUGCUGCCGACCCAUUAAGACCAGGCUUUUGAGCAUGUUGUGGAAAGAGGAUACAUUCUGAAUCCAGUUAGGCAAAAAUCCGACCGGAGCCAACCGACAGCAUCACAGCCAUGGAGCCAUUUGUUGCAGUUUGACUUUAUGCAAUGAAAGAAGCGGAAAAUCAAAAUGUAUAAACACGAAUCUCUACUGAAGAGCAAUGAAGCACAGCAAGUUGUCACUGUCACAAAAACAUCUGUGUCCUUUGCAAUAACCAGCAUCACAAUUUGUUUUAUUAUGCUUCACUUCUGUCCGAGUCAACUCAGAGCACAGCUCGGGACAACCCCCAACAUUAAACACAUUGUGGUUGGGAGGUGUUACACUUACACCACACUAGUUAACCCCAGCUUAAGGUAUGACUGUGAGGAGAUCUGGAGGCAGUUUGAGGAGGCUGUUAUCAGUCAUUCUUCUUGCAAUGUGACCGUCGAGGAUUAUUUUCACAUGUUUAACGCAAUGCCACAAAUCUGGCCCUGUGAUAACUUCCUCUUCUGGAGUAAAACCAGGACACUGAUGCACAGCUAUGCUGCAGUUUUUCGUCACUUCUGGACACUGGAAGACACGCUGGUUGGCUAUAUGUUCAACGACCUCAUCUGGUGUGGCCAAGAAGAGGAUUCUGGUUUUGAUUUCAGCUCUUGUCCAGAGUGGUCGGCCUGUCGAAGUCAUCCGGUCUAUUCCCUGUGGAGGCAAGCUUCACAAAAUUUUGCAGAGAUGGCGUGUGGCAACAUUACUAUCUUACUGAAUGGAUCUAUUGUUAAUGCCUUCAAUAGGAAAAGCAUGUUUGGAAGUGUUGAACUGGACAGCCUGGAUCCACAAAGGGUGAAUUAUGUCAACAUUAAGGUGGUGACCAGUCUAGACGGACCCCAUAUAGAGUCAUGUAGUCAAGGAUCCAUUGUAGACCUGAUCCAAAUCCUCCAAUCCAGAGGCUUUCACUGGACCUGUACAGACAAUGACCAGACCUUGAUGAUCUUGCAAUGCAUCCGGAACCCGCAACACUCAUCCUGCCAGACAUAUGCAAACACUUUGUUAAACAGAAACAGCCUUACAUCUGAUUAAAUCACAGACUGCUGUAAAAUCUAUAUCUUUCAAAGUAAAUGUUUUGCGUACCCACUACACUUCACUGAUCUGUCAGUACUGCUGUGACUUCAUUAGAAACGUUAGUACAUUUGUAGAAUUAAAACCUGCGAGUUAAUCAGUGUGCUUCAGUCCCCUCUGCCCCCUGAACUGCACUGAUCCCAUUUAAUUAUCAGAGUUAGUGUGCUUUCUGAAGACAAGAUUUCCUGUUUUACUGUCAGGGUGUUAAUUUAACUGAAAACUGAAAACUAGAGCUCUGUCUUAAAACAAGACACAUGAUGAUGACCUGUAUGUGGUCAGAUAUUCACAGCAUAGAAAUCAACGUAUAUUUGAUUCAACUGGGUUCAAUAACCUCUUUUUUGACACAGGGUGCCUCAGCAUUGUAAUCUCUGAAACGCCAUUCUGUGCAUGCAUCUAUCUUUAAGGGAUCACAAAGAAAAUAUAAAAAGCUAUGAAGUUAUUGCACUGUUUAAUUGUGGUUUCAUUAUUAGCAUUUUGCCUGUGUAGCGUGCUCAGUGUUCAUUAAACACCCACUAACAUGAGUUGUAUGAUUUGUUUUGUUGUGUCACAGGAAGCUGCCAAGGCCAUACGUUGGUGUUCAUAUAAGUAUA